AUGAAUUAUUUUAUUAUUUUAUUCAGCAUUUUAAAGGUUUUUGUAUAUUCAAGAAAUGUUUACCAUCAAAAAGGAAUAUAUUAUCCUAAUGGAAUAUAUUAUCCUAAUGAAAGAUAUUAUAAUUAUCAAACUUAUAAUAAUAAUAAUCAAAAUUAUUAUAGACAACAAAAUUAUUAUCCAAAACAAUAUAUUUAUCAAAAUACUCCAAAUCAACAAUAUACCAAUUAUUACAAUCCAACAUUAGUAAAUACUAGAGGGUUGAAUUUUAAAAGAGGUUAUGUUCCUUUUAAUCAAAUGAAAAUAGGGGAAGCUUAUGGAGAUGAUUUAGCACAAUAUUGGAUUAUAUGCCACACAUGUCCUAAAGGAAAGUAA